UACGGUGCGGUACCAACGACAAAGAUCGCCAGAUCGAUUCGAGUGAUUGGCGCCGAACCCUUYUCGAGAAGGAGAACACAGAAACUGCACACAACACCAUGCGAGGGAACCAAAACACGACAACAAUGGCACGGAAUUCCAUCCACUCCCGGCGGCGGCGACGAAUAAUGAUCUCGCAUACCAGCAGGCCGUGCUUCCGAGCCAAGCCGGCGGCAAGGAUUGCAACCCUCGGCUGGUCCCUGGCGCUGUCAUUUGUGUGUUUGCUGCUGCCGGCACGGACGCUUCCUUGUGCCUCCUUCGCGAUCCUCUACUCCUUUCCGAAUUCCUCGCUCUGGCAGGAGAGGUACGGGAACAAUGACCAACACCGGAAGCAGCGGGCGCCUGACUACUACGACGUCCUGGGCGUUGCCAAGGGUGCCGGGAGGGAGGACGUCAAGAACGCCUUUCGCCGUCUGGUCAAGAAGUUUCAUCCCGGUGCGUAUGGCUGUGGGCGGUUAAGACAAGAGCAGAGCAGCACGGGAUCGGUUUGUCCGCCGUGCCGUUUGCGGACGCCAUUGGYUUGCUGACACGGAGGGYCGGUUCCACCUGCACCGGGUCGGGCGUUUUUGUUUCACUUGUCUUGUGAUUCGUCUCACAUCGUUGUCUCUCUGCAUGUGCUUUUUUGCGUUGGAUUGAAUUGCUUGGGGUGCCAUCCGCGCGGUUCUGCCAUGGCGAUGCGAUGCGAUGCAAUGCAACGCGAUUUCCUUCCGCCGUUGUCCGCGUGCCCCAGACGCCAACCCCAACCACGACACCACGGACCAGUUUCGGAUGAUAAGCAAGGCCUACGAGGUCYUGUCGGAUCCCACCAAACGGCGAAAGUAUAACUCGCAGAGGUACCACCACGGCUGCGCCCCGGACACGCCCAACUUUAUCAUCGACGGCCUGGAGCAAUAUGGUGCGCCAAACGAYCAGCACCAGCCGCGGAAGUCUACCAGCAACACCCCCGURGAGCGCUACCGGCGACCCGUCGUCGAGCUGGAACCCAACAACGAGUUCAACGGAUCGCUACUGAACAACGUCCAGGACCUCACGAAGGAAGAGGACGGAWCGUACACCAUCCGGAGCCUCGAUCCGUAAGGCUGCAAUGGCACGCCAGAGAAGAUUGAAAAUACGCUGGAAAUCAGCCACCAAUCACUCCCCAGAUUUCGCAUCGGCGGGCAUUGGACAAAUYAAUAGCGUUUCUGACUCAUACCAUCGCGGAGAAUCGGAAGUAAGGUGACAGUAUCUUUUUGGCGAUGGCAUCGAUGUUGCACUACCAUAUCAAUCAAUAUUUUUCUGUACC